AUGCCAAACUUGGAGUACAUUCUAAGUGCCGAGUUUCACAUCGACCAGGGCCCUUCGCUCGUGCAUCAGUACCCGCAUGAGAUUCCAGGGCUUCGAAAUUUGCAUUUCCUUCCGGAGUUGAUGCUUCCCGACCAGAUUCACAAGCGGAGUGAAGACUAUACGCUUUUCCUUCUUUACCGAAACUCGACCACGGGGGAGUUCCAGUACCUUUACGAUAGCACGAGCUGCGAACAGGAACCCUAUUUCUUAUAUACCUUGGUGUCUAAUCAACAGAACGAGGAGUUUAAGCGAGGGGCCCAGAUCAAGAGCGUGUCGAUAGUCACCAAGCUUGCAUAUUUCAAAAGUCUCAAGCCUUUGCUCAUGAUUUGCUUGGAUUUGCAAUUCAAGCGCAAUGACGUGGGGACACUACGUGAUUUGUACCAUAGCAUCAACAAGAAAAACUUUAACAUCCAUUAUGAUGCUCGCGGCCACACUAGCGACAUUGGCAUCAUUAAGAAGAUCUUGAUUACUAGUAUAUUGGACUUGCCCAUUCACGACAAGAUAUACUACGAUGAAGCGUUUCGCAGGAAACUCUUGGGGAUCGGGAAAAGCCUGGUUAUCAAUGACGACUUGUUUAUUCGGAAAGAUCUAAGUUUCAACUCGAUUGUUGAUUUCAAGUCCGGGAGCUUUACCAUGAAGAUCCCGAUCAAGAUUCCGUUGUUGAGCUUACCUGAUACCAUUGGCGACUACUUAAACCCCACGGAUUUGAACUUUAAACAGAAUUUGAUGAAUAUAUUGAAUUGCAAAUUGGCGAGCUCGGUGUUGAAUAAUGAAUUGACCAUCUAUGGGUUGCAGACACCGCCAAUCAUCAUCUUGAUCAACGCGGUGCUAACGGGCAAGAGGAUUUUGUUCUUGAGCUAUGAGAACAGCUCGGGGCAUAUCAUCGAUCAAAUCAUGCUCAUGAUUAAAAUUGUCACUGGUGGUGGAAUUCUAAGUGGCCUACUAACGAAUUACAACGUGUUCCCCAUAAUCGACGUCUCCAAAAUCGAUCUACUAGAGGAGUGCGAAAGUUUCAUUGCUGGCACCAUUAACCCUUUUUUCAGGAACAAGUACCAAUUGUGGGACUUGUUGUACGAUUUGGAUACCAAUGAAUUGAUCAUUAGUCUGAAUAUCGACACCGGGGUGGGGACGGGUGAAGUCGAGUAUAGAAACUCGAUUAUAACCGAGGAUGCGAGAUUUUUAUCGAAUUUGCAGCUUUCGCUAUUCAACUAUAACGACGACUCGACCACGGUGCAGUUGAUUUUCCGCAGACACAUCAAUGAAAUCAUCCGGAUCUUGCUAAGCUCGAAAAAUUUCAACAACAACUUUAUACCAGCGAACAAGGACUUGAUCUUGCUACUCGACGGCAUUGGGUAUUUCUGGACGAGCGACACUAGCAAGCUCUUGGAGAUUUCAUGUUACCAAUCAAUCUCGAAGAAAUUUCAAGACUUGUUGUACGAUGGAAAAUUGGUGUACAAUCUCCUCCUUCCAAACUUGUCGAAUGAGCUAAACUUGAUGAUUGAUCUACAUUACCAUUUGCAGAGCUUGAGCAAUAUCUCGGUCUUGGGCAGCAACAAGAUCAACGAGCGCGAAAUCUGGUUCAAUAUUUUGAAAUUUCUCAUUAGUGGCAAGUCGUUGGAGAUUUUCCUCUUGGUGACCUACCUCAUUCCACCAAGCAGCUCCACCAGCUUACAAAGCUCGUCGGCUCAUGGUGGCAACUUGACGAUCUUUGACAAAAACAAAGGUAUCGAGCUUUUGCUCAUCAAUUUGUUCAACCACGAUGACCAGAUCAAGUCCAACAUCGUGAUGAUCUUGCAGGAGUUGCAAGAUAACUACUUCUGCGGCUGGUGUCUUGAGAAAUUCGUCAAGUCGAACCAAAUCUACGAAAUUGCAUUCAAGGAUCUAAUAGACAAUAGCUGA